AUGCAGUUUAACAUCGUUGCCGCUCUUGUCGUCCUUUCAGCUAUACAGCCGAUUGCUGCACGAUUUUGCACCGCUGCGGCCAUCCAAUGUUACUAUGAUAGCGGAAAGCGCUGUGCAUCGUGGUGUUUUCCGAGUAACUGCGGUUGUUCAGAGAAUAAGGAGGGUUACGGCAAACUUACGAAGUCGGGAUGUAUCACUGCGCCCCAGUUCUGGGGUCGUAACAAGUGCUAA